AUGUAACAUUAUAGUCUCCUCGCUGAGCCUUCCAUCCGCCAUGGAACAAUUGGCGACGUAUCGCUCACAGAACACACGAGCAUCACAGGAAACAUUCGAGAAGGGAUAUUUGAUCUUGCAGAAGAAUGGCCACAAAAAUAUGGGCGACGAUGGUUGGGAUUUCUUGGAACAGCUGACUUUGGCGGCGAUAGAUGUUGGACGUACGGAUGUAGCUGACCGAUGCCUACAAUUGCUUUCAGACAAGUUCCCCGAGUCUGCACGCGUCGAAUGUCUUACAGGUAUUCGGAUAGAAGCAGUCGACUCGCUUGAAACUGCUUUGAAAUACUACGAUGAUCUCCUGAGUACGGACUCGGCAAGAGAAGGCAUAUGGAAACGGAAGAUAUCCGUACUUAGAAGAAUGGGAAAGGUCGACAAGGCAGCAAACGAGCUGGUCGAGUUCCUUGACACAUACUAUGUGGACGUCGAGGCUUGGCUAGAGCUUGCAGACAUUUACGCGACAUGUAAUCAAUACGACCAAUCUCUCCAAGCUCUCUCCCAGGUUCUUAUUCUUGCUCCUCAAAAUCCAUUCUAUGCGCUGCAGUUUGCGGAAACUGCUUACACCUCUGGAGAUAUACCGCUCGCCAUCAAGGUGUUCCUCGUGGUCGUUAAUAUGACACACGGCGAUGAAUCCGAGACAUUAGCUGAGUCAACGCCUCUUGGCGUUACCGUGCGGGCGUGGUAUGGUGUGAAACUGUGUGCACGACGACUACGUCAGGACCCCCGACUGUCGACGUCCUCGUCAUCGCAGACAACUGCCCCACGAAAUGUAGAACUGCUUGACGAGUUGGCGACUGAGCGUCUGCGAGUUGCAUAUUCGAGCUCGGGGAAGAAGGGUCAGCUUGCUCAAGGGAGGGACGAAGUAUUUGCUUGGGUAGCUCAUUCCUGAGGGAGAGGGCUUAAGAUCCAUUUGUCUUGUUUUACAUCGUAUAUCAUGGGGCAAGUACAUAUAACAAGAGGAAUAGAUGUAGUAAAUUAUCGAUAGUCCGAGUUAGCUUGCGAUUACUGCCACUGCCAGCAAUAGGAUCAGCUU